CUCGAGAGAGUCUCUCGGGAGGCUGGAUUAGCCACAAGUUGUGGUGAACCAGGGUAAAUCUUGGUGUGCUCCCUUUACGCUUUCUACGCUCUUUAUCUUUCACGUUCUUAAUUUUUUAUUCCUGCGGUUUCUACGAUCAAACGCUAUUCACCCCCCCUCUACCGUUGGUCACUUAUUCUAACAAUCGGUAUCAGAGCCUAACUCUCUACAAGCCUUAACCGGUUGAGAGAACGAUCUAUAUUUUCUUGUUGAGAAUGUUGUAUGCAGGAUUAAGCGAAAGACACUCCACCGUUAGACCUCCACUCUUUGAUGGAACAAACUACACCUAUUGGAAGAAAAGAAUGAGGAUUUACAUUCGGUCAAUCAACUUCCAACUGUGGUUAAUCAUAAAAAAUGGUGAGACGAUGCGAAUGAAAAAGGUUGGUGAAACCACCAUCCCAAAGACGGAGGAAGAAUAUGAUGCUGAAGAUAUCAAGAAGGUAGAAGCUUUUGAAAAAGCUAAACACAUGAUUUUCUAUGCAAUUAACCCGGAUGACUCCCGGAAAAUUUCUUCUUGCUCCACUGCAAAAGAAAUGUGGGAUAAGCUUGAAGUGACAUACAAAGGUAUGCCUCAAAUCCGUGAAGCUAAAAUUGAUUUUCUAACCCAUGAAUAUGAGUUGUUUAAAAUGAAGGAAAUUGAAAGCGUUGAUCAAAUGUUCGACCGAUUUUUAAAGAUCAUCAACGAUCUCCAUGUCCUUGGGAAAGCAUACUCAAACAAAGAUCUUGUUCGAAAAAUCCUUCGGAGCUUAACACCGAAAUGGCGUUCAAAAGCCGAUGCCAUAUAUGAGUCGAUAGGUAACACCAACGUCGCCAUUGAUGGUCUUCGAGGUUGAUGGUGUAAAUAUAGCGGGGUGGGUUAA